GAGCGGUUGUGUGAUCAGAUCGAUCUAAGAUGGCGACUGUGGAACCGGAAACCACCCCUACUCCUAAUCCCCCGCCUGCAGAAGAAGAGAAAACAGAGUCUAAUCAGGAGGUUGCUAACCCGGAACACUAUAUUAAACAUCCUUUACAGAACAGAUGGGCGCUCUGGUUUUUUAAAAAUGAUAAAAGCAAAACUUGGCAAGCAAACCUUCGGCUGAUCUCUAAGUUUGAUACUGUUGAAGACUUUUGGGCUCUGUACAACCAUAUCCAGUUGUCUAGUAAUUUAAUGCCUGGCUGUGACUACUCACUUUUUAAGGAUGGUAUUGAACCUAUGUGGGAAGAUGAGAAAAACAAACGAGGAGGACGAUGGCUAAUUACAUUGAAUAAACAGCAGAGACGAAGUGACCUCGAUCGCUUUUGGCUAGAGACACUGCUGUGCCUUAUUGGAGAAUCUUUUGAUGACUACAGUGAUGAUGUAUGUGGAGCUGUUGUUAAUGUUAGAACUAAAGGUGAUAAGAUAGCAAUAUGGACUACUGAGUGUGAAAACAGAGAAGCUGUUACACAUAUAGGGAGGGUAUACAAGGAAAGGUUAGGACUUCCUCCAAAGAUAGUAAUUGGUUAUCAGUCCCAUGCAGACACAGCUACUAAGAGCGGCUCCACCACUAAAAAUAGGUUUGUUGUUUAAGAAGACACCUUCUGAGUAUUCUCAUAGGAGACUGCGUCAAGCAAUCGAGAUUUGGGAGCUGAACCAAAGCCUCUUCAAAAGCAGAGUGGACUGCAUUUAAAUUUGAUUUCCAUCUAAAUGUUGCUAAGAUAUAAGAGAAGUCUCAUUCGCCUUUGUCUUGUACUUCUGUGUUCAUUUUUAAAAAAAUUUUUGCUAGAGUGUCUACUUUCCCAAUCAAAGAAUUACCGUACACAUCAUCCCCAGAAUCCAUAAAUGUGUUCCUGGCCCACUCUGUAAUAGCUUAGUAGAAUUACCAUUACAAAUACAUUUUACUUAUCCACAAUAUUAAAAAAGAACCUGCAUUCUAUACCUUACAGGAAAAGAAUUCUGUUUAUGUUCCAUUGUAUGCAGGAGCAUAUUUUGCUGGUUUGAAAGAGUACAAUGCAUACAGUUUUCUAGCAAUUUUCUUUGUUUCUUUUUACAGCAUUGUCUUUGCUGUACUCUUGCUGAUGGCUGCUAGAUUUUAAUUUAUUUGUUUCCCUACUUGAUAACAUUAGUGAUUCUGAUUUCAGUUUUUCAUUUGUUUUUGCUUUUGUUUUUUUCCUCAUGUAACAUUGGUGAAGGAUCCAGGAAUAUGACACAAAGGUGGAAUAAACAUUAAUUUUGUGCAUUCUUUGGUAAUUUUUUGUUUUUUUAUAACUACAAAGCUUUGCUACAAAUUUAUGCAUUUCAUUCAAAUCAGUGAUCUAUGUU